AGAGAAAGGAAAAUGGAAAAUGGAAAAUGGGCAUUAAAGAUUCAGAUUACACAGUUGAACCCGAGAAGAAACAAUCAAGAAAGAAGCUAUCAAAUAAAUGCAACAAUAAUUAGCUAAGCGGCAAAACCCUAGACCAUGGCCUACACGCUCUCUAAUCUGCAAUGCCCAUCGCUUCUUCCAUCAUUCUCUCAUUUUCUUUAUCCAAUUUCUAAUCUAGAUCCAUGGCCAACGACGCCGCACUCAACUCCUCUCUCGUAAUUUUGGCCCUCGCCGUCCUCCUCGUCGGAAUCUCCACCUAUUCCUUCAAGAAAAUGGCCGUAACUUAUUUCGUCGGCGUUUUCGCCAUCGCCGGCGUUCUCUUACCCGAUUGGUGUUUCUUUGGCCGAGAUUUCUCCCGGUGGACUUCUCCGGUCACCGAAGAGGAAAGGGAAUCGUAUAGGAACGCCACUGGAUCUCACCUUCAAAGGUUUAGAAUUUAUCCAAUGAGACUAAUUGUGUACGGCGUAGUGUACAGUACUGCUUUGUACAAGUGGUGGCAAUACGUGACCAACUAAUUUUUUUUUUAAAAAAAGGUUAAAAUAUAAUUAUUUUUUCUUUUUGAAGAAUUUAAAAUAUAAAUAAUUGGUUUAAUUUUAGUUUUUUCAUUUUACUUCUAAAAUUUUAUUCUUUAGACUUAUAAAUUAAUCUUUAUAAAUAUAUAUUUUAAUGUUGUUUUCAAGUCACUUAAAGCAUGCUGAAUUAGCAAGCCAUUUUUGUUGAUGGCUAAGAAAUAAUUGAAUUUUUUUUUUAGGAAGUAAGAAACAUAUAUAUUCGUUUAAAUUUAAAAUAAUUGUCAUAUAUGAAGAUCUUUUAAUAAGUGAGUAAUUGAGAUUGACGAACUAGAACGUUGAGAAUGGAAAAAAUGCAUCCUCUCAAAUUGCUCUCAUGAUCUAAAUGUUUGUCUAAUAACACUUUUGAUUUUCUUCACUAACCUCUUCUCCAUCCUUUUUAUGUGUUUCUUUGAUCCCUUAGUCAUUUUUCUUUCUUUCCCUCCAUGUAAUUAGAGGAGGUUUUUAUUUUUCCUUUUCCUUCUCGUUUCGCUCUCCCUUCUUUUUUUUUUUUUUCAUUUCAUUUCCAACGUUAAUUGAGAAAGUAAGUAUAUCACUCGAUAAUUUCACGAAAAUAAAAUUUGAAAGAGGAGCAAGAAAAUAGAUCAAGCAUGGAGUAGAAGUAGCGAGAGUGGUGAUUUCCAUGUUAGGUUGGUCAUUUUGGGUAAUUUCUCGUUCUAACAAAGCAAAUAGAAGUUUAGAAGAAAAAAACAACUUAAUUUCAAUUAGGUGAAGUGAACUAUUAUAACUCACUCUAUGUUUGAGCCUUUAAUUAUUAUAGUUGUAAGGGUGUUUACAACUAUUAUAACUUACAAUUAAGUAAAGUAAUAUAUUUAAAAUUUCUAUUCUUCUUUCUCA